UGCGGCUGGCAGUCAUCCUUGAGCUUCACAUCAGCCAUCAUGUCACGCCCACAUGUAUGUUCAGCCUGUCGGGCCGGCAGGUUAUGGUCAACGCAAAUACGUUCUCAUUCGCAGAGUCGCCGUAUCUCGAGCAUCAUUGGAAAACGGGAUGAAUCAAGAUCGGACUUCUUCAAUGCUACGUCAUGUCCAUCUUCGCGCAGUUUAUCAAACUUUUCUGGCACUCGAUCGUUUACAAAUGGAUCUGCACGGCAGGAUGGGGAGUAUAGCAAAGCACCUAGAGUCGGGCGCUAUUCCAGACAGCCAGUACGGCAGGAUAGGGAAUUUGGUGAAUCACCUCUUCUCGGACAAUAUGCAAGAGAACCACUGCGGCCAGCUGAAGUGCUGGACGAGUUAAGUCAGUACCCCGAAACCCGAAUGCCUGCUGCAGCUUCGCCGACCUCUAGGCAAUAUCAGUCGCGGGUUAAUGGAAGGAGUCAGAACGAGACCGAAGAGGCGCCGUCGAUGCUUGGGGAAUGGAUGGCUGGGAUGGAUAACUUCACCAACUACGUCGAGGCAACGGAGUGGCAAUCGGCCUGGGACUGCCUACGUGAGGUACACGGCCUUCUGUCUACAGUCAAGGCUCCACGGCGAUCAACGUACCACAAGCGUACCGCUGAUGCGAUGAUUACGUUCACCAUGCACUGUAUCCAGGACUGGACAAUCAGCCUCAAGCCCCAAAAACCCGAGUCUGUCACCCAUACGCUUCCUGGGCCAACAGAGCUCAAACAGCUAGUGACAGCCCUGGGCUUGACUACGGAUUCUUCCUGGUCGGCCAUGCUGUGGCACGUCACGUCAGACGUGGUUCGGCAUCAUGCGCGAUCUGCUGACGGUGGACCGCAACUGCUACUCGUAGGCAUACGCGAGGCUGUAGGCUUGUGGCAAAUGUGCUUGGAAAACUCGAUCUCUGUUAAAAGGAAGCCUGAAUUGAAUCGCAAUACCAAGCAGGGCAAUGAUCCUGCACGGGCUACCACGAUCGAAGCGCCAUGGGAUCGUCUCCCAUCGGCCGAAGCACUGGCGAAUACAGCGCGUGGUCUCGAAGGUGACGACACACUCAACGGAUUGCUUUCGUCUGUUUUCCCACGUCGAAAAAUCACCAAAGACGAUUCGACAACUGGUAAAAGCAAUACUUUCGACUAUGCGAGUCCAGCUCUCGCUACAAUCUAUCUGCUCCGCGUGUUUUCGAGCUACUCCCAAAACGGUGUUAAUGCACCCGGGCUAGAGCUGCUCAGGAUACAGCCCUUCAUAGAUUUUCUAGAGGAAUGCCUGCGACUAUCAAGGCCGGUUUCGGCGCCGCCCAGCUUGCUAAAACGUAUGGGUCCGCCCAGAAACGAUAUUGGGUUGUACGGUCCAAUGCUGCAACGCCUGGAUAUCGCUGUGGAUGUUGCAGCUAUGAAGGCUACUUCGGUCGAGCACCGCUCCCGAUCACACGAGGACGCGCAAGCCCCUGCUUUGUCCGCCUUCAACAGCAUCGCGGAGGCGAGCGAGAAAGAUGUCGAGUUCAGCGUUCCGCUGACGCCUGAGAUGGCUCAUUUCGCUCGAUCCUGUAUCAAACGCUUAGCAAAGGCGCGAGAGCAAGAGAAGUUCUCCUUUGCGGAGCAAAUUAAAAAUGAAGUUCUGGAAAGAGCCAAUGCUUGCGCAAAUGCUGAACUCCAACCGCCCCCAUUAGAGCUCUUUGAACACCUAAUUCUGACCUUUCUCCUGCUCAGACGUCCUGAAAAGGCCAUGGAAAUGUGGCAGAGAAUGAUCGAAACUGGCCACCAGCCCACAGUGAGGACAUACACGGUCAUCUUGCGUGGCGCUCGCACUUCCCGUGACCUCACGGGCAUGGCAGCAUUUUGGCAGAGGAUGCGAAACGCAGGCAUCCAGCCCGACAUUCCGGCCUGGACCGCUUGGAUUUAUGGUUUGAUCAAGCUUCGGAAACCCGACGACGGAAUUCGAGUGAUGACAGAGAUGGGCAAAGAGUGGCUCGACGCCGCGCGAAAGCAGGCGGCACUCGAUCGACGUGCUGCCGGCAAAUCUAGCAAAUCCAGCAAAUCUGAACCCCCGCCGUCUGUCGCUUCGCUUUUGGCGACCUAUCCAGGCGCUGUCCGCGGCGUCCCGCGCCCAGAUGUCACCAUUCUGAAUGCCGCUUUGACAGCUCUCGCAGACACGCAAGAUGACAAAAUCCCACAUGUGGUCAAGUGGGCCCGGGCAUUCGGUAUCGAGCUCGAUGUUAUCACGUACAAUGUCCUCAUCAAUAUUGCCAUGCGUCACGGACAGACAGAAAACGCUACAGCGCUGGUCGCUCGUAUGAAAGAACGUAAUAUAGCUCCUGAUGGUAACACGUGGGUGGUCAUUCUUACCGCAAUGUUCCAAGGUGGCUUCCUUGCUGGGGUUGAGAAAGAUGCCCAGGUGGACAAGAUUAUCGCCUUUGUCGAUUCCACCAAGGCCGCCGACGGCAGCAACACUAUCGACGAAAAAGGCUUCGCGCUCAUCGUCAACCGACUCCUCAAGCACCAUGAUAAUCCCGAAGCUGUGUCCCAGAUGCUGUCAUACAUGUUGAAGAACAAGAUUCCGCUCAACGUCCACAUCGCCACCAUGCUCCUGACGCACUGGUUUGAACAGGACCCACCCAACUUCGCAGCCAUAGACAAUUUCUGGGAACGAAUCAAAGACGGCGAUCUUCGCGAAGGCAGCGCCAUCUUUGUUGACACAGUCUUUUACGACCGUCUGAUAGAAGGCUACGCCCGCUUCCACCGGGAAAUCGGUAUCCGGCCCUGCCUCGAUAUCCUGUACCGCGCAGAACGGGAAGGCCGCUACCCUGGCUGGCGUGCAUUGGAGCUCGUCGCGCGCGCCCUAGCCGAGCGAGACGAAUGGGACAAGCUCCGCGACGUGGUGUACAACGUCCGAAAGCGUCUCGACCGGGCAUUUGGCGGUACACAACGCAUGGGUCAACGGGAAUUCUGGCAGUUCAUCAUUGCUACCGGCAUUGAGGUCCCCGAGACCAUCUUCCGGCCGGACGAGUUGUUGCCCCGAGGUGGACCGAGACCUAGCCCGCUGCUAGCCAGCAUGAAGGGCGAUGAUGGAAUGUGGUAAUUUCGUGCCGAUGGGACAAUAUGUCCAUCAUAGAUGUAGAAGAAGAUUCAUUUCUGUAUCACUCCUCAUGUGUACCAAUACCCCAGCGACUUCCUUAUCAGUCGACAAAUCUUGUGAUUUCAGUCGCAUGACGUCUCCCGAAAUUUCGCAUUCGGCCCAAACGUUCUUUGUCGCUUAGUUCUCGCACAUGCCCGUAUUCCCCUUACAGACUUCGACUUGAACGACUCUGAUCACCAUUGUGGCGAUCGCGAGAUGUGCCUCUCAAAGGCAUCUUUCCAAAAGCUGCGUUUACGCAAGGGUGUGACGCCUCUACAUCGACCGGGG